AGAGCGAAAACUGUACACAUGGUGGUCGAGCACUGUGUGCGUCCGUGUUUCUCGUUAAAGAGCAUCCAUUAAUUUAAAAAAAAAAAAACAAUGCACAGAUCACAAUUUAUUGGUUUGGAUGAUAAACCGUGCGACACAAAGUGUCCCAUGUGUGAUUGCACGUAUGUUCUUCCGACAAAAGAAAAGGAUUUUCUCACGCACUUGUUCAAGAUGCACCGUCUUGUUAUAGGAGAUGUUUGGAAAAUAGCCAGUUUAAAGAGUUACGUGCAUUAUUGGAAUGUAAAAUUUAAGGAAGCGCCACUGACAAAUUAUUGCACCACAAUGUUAAUGGAUUGCACACCGGAUGGCCAGCCAAGUAAAAGUGAACAUUAUUACUUACUGUCGGAUUGUUUGUCGGAAGAUAAGAUCUUGCGAGAAGAGAUACACCUAGCUAAACUAGAAUGGGCAUUAGCGCAACAAGAAGUUGAACGUACCGAUACCAGUUUCAAACGUGGCUGUAUGUUUUGUCGCAUGGAAUUUCACGGAUCGCGCGCCACAUACAUAAACCAUCUUUAUCAGAAGCACAAUCUCUAUCUCGGCAAACCGGAAAAUUUAGUAUUCGUCGACGAGCUGUUGGAUAAAAUUCAGAACAAUAUUGAAAGUUUAAUAUGUAUUUACUGUGAAAAGAUAUUUAAAGAUCGCACGGUAUUGAAGGAGCACAUGAGGAAAAAAUUUCACAAAUACAUAAAUCCCGAUAACAAGAUGUAUGACAAAUAUUAUAUAAUUAAUUAUCUGGAACCAGGAAGAACUUGGAAACAAAAGAGUUGUUUGGAAGAGAGUUCAGAUCUAGGAGGUUACAAUAGCGAGAACGAAGAUAGAGAAACUUCGUGGUCCGAUUGGAAUGACGAAUCUGUUGGAAUAAUAUGUUUAUUUUGCGAAUACAAUAAUGAAGAGUUCACUUGUAUCCUGGGACACAUGAAAGACGCGCACAGUUUCGAUUUUGAAGCAACGGUCAAGGAUUUGACCUUUUAUCAAAAGGUAAAAGUGGUUAAUUAUAUAAAAAGGCAAAUUCAAUUGAGACGAUGUAUUUUCUGUGAAACAGAAACAGACAAUGUAUUGGAGCACAUGGCAAAUCAACAGCAUUGUAAGCUUCCGGAAAAAAGAGUUUGGGACCAACCAGAAUAUUAUUUUCCUGUGUCUGAAAAUGACUCAUUUUUAUACAAUCUUGACGCAACUAGUAACAGCGAUGAAGAAAGUGAUUGCGAGAAUCUUACUGAAGCAAUGUGUAAUUUAUAACAAUGAUAUCAUUAUCUCAGUCUUUUGUAAAAAAUACUGUAACAUGCUAAGAAUAGUAUAAUUAACAGUGAUAGAGGAUGAUUGCAGAAAACGCGGAGCAACAAAAUGUAUAAUACAUGUAUCUCUUGUAAAAACAAUUUUAAGUUUUACAAACUAGACUUGUUUAUAAAAAAU